AUGCUAAUCAGGCGCUGUGUUGAAAGCCCAAACGAAAAUUCGACGAACAAUUUCUCCACCGAAGUUCACUAUGAAAGCCUUCGAGCCACACUUCAACAAAUCGACAUCAUUCAUACAUUAGUUGAACGGUACCCCGAUGACCUCCAGCUCUCUAGAACCUCUCAAGAAGUAUGGCAAGCUUUCCAAUCUGGCAAAGUAGCAAGCUUGAUUGGUGUUGAAGGCUUGCACCAGAUUGCCAAUAGUGCCAGCGCUUUGAGAAACUUCCACAGACUGGGUGUGCGCUACAUCACUCUCACUCACGAUAGUAAUAAUCUCUAUGCAGAUUCAACUAACGCCGGCUCGCAUCACGGUGGGUUGUCUGGGAAAGGCGUGGAAAUGAUCAAAGAAAUGAAUCGAAUCGGCAUGAUUGUUGAUCUAUCGCACACAUCGGUACAAGCUCAGAAAGAAGCUUUGUGUAUAGCCAAGGCUCCGCUCAUCUUCUCUCAUUCUUCAUGUCCGAAUGAUGUUUUGGAUAUGCUGAAGAUCAAUGGCGGCGUUUUUAUGGUGUCGUUUCUUCGCAAGCUUACUGAUGCCAAUAAUCCGACUUUGAGCAGGGUCGCAGACCAUAUUCAAUAUGUUGGAGAAAGAAUUGGAUAUGAGCAUGUGGGCAUUGGAUCCGAUUUUGAUGGUGUCAUGCAAACUACUGAUGGGCUGGAGGAUGUUUCCAAGUUCCCCUUGCUCAUCGCCGAGCUACUAAGGCGCGGCAUAUCUGAGCAGUCGAUCAAAGGUAUCGUUGGCUUGAAUGUGCUGCGAGUUUUAGAUGACGUACAAAAGGUAUCAGAAAUAAUGAAACGGAACGGUGAAGAAAUGUUACAUGACUGGAUCGAGCCGAUCUGGGACGAGCAAGUCAAAGAGGAGGUCAAGAGGCUUAGAGGUGUUGUUGAAUAG